GGUGCCAUCGGCUCGUACUGCUUCCCCCUCUGCUCCUCGUACCCACGACGGACCUGGACCGCGGGGCCCGUGCCGAGGUGAGAUGGGCCGGCCCGGCCGGUCGUGCCAACGCGGACCCCACAGUCCCACCGCAUCUCUCCAGCGGACAGGACCAGGACUGGACACGAUGAGCGCCUUCACCCAUGUGAGCUUCGUGUUGGCGGCGGCCUUGGCCGUAGCUACUUGCCUGGACGUCCCCAAGGUGCACCUCAGCUCGGGCGGGGACAUGCCCAUCGUCGGCCUCGGCACCUGGCAGGUGACAAACGACCAGGAGCUCGAGACCGCACUGGACGCAGCGCUGCAGAGCGGGUACCGCCACAUCGACACGGCCACCAUCUACAGAAAUGAGCACCUCAUCGGCAAAGUGCUCAGCAAGUGGCUCAAGGAAGGCAAGGUCAAGCGGGAGGACCUGUUCGUCACCACGAAGCUGCCCGUGUACGGCAUGAGGCCCGCCGACGUGCCCGACUUCCUGAACCAGUCGCUGGCCAAGUUGCAGCUGGACUACGUGGACCUGUACCUCAUCCACAUGCCCUUCGCCGUGAAGCGCGAGGCGUACGACAACGGCAAAAUCAACGAGGAUGGCACCGACCUGUCCACGGACCACCUCGCCAUCUGGAAGGCCAUGGAGGCCGAGCACAAGGCGGGCCGCGCCAAGGCCCUGGGCGUGUCCAACUUCAACGAGACGCAGAUCGAGCGGAUCAUGAAGCAGGCCGCCGUCCCGCCGGCCAACCUGCAGAUCGAGCUGCACCUGUACCACCAGCAGCGCCCCAUCGUGGACUUCUGCAAGAAGAACGGCGUGUCCGUCACGGCCUACUCGCCGCUCGGCAGCCCCGGCUCCAAGUGGCUCGCCCUCAUCACCGGCAAAGAACUACCUGACCUGCUGAGUCUCGCCGACGUCAACGAAAUUGCCACCAAGCACAACAAGACCAGCGCACAGGUGCUGCUGCGGCACACGGUGCAGAGGGGUAUCAUCGUCAUCCCGAAGAGCUCGAAGCCUAACCGCAUCCAGCAGAACAUCGACAUUUUUGACUUCACCCUGGAUGACAGUGACAUGGCCAAGCUGGAUGCUCUCGACAAAGGACUGGACGGCAAGCUCUUUGAUAUGAAGCACAUCGGAGGAUCGGAGAAACACCCUGAAUACCCCUGGACUGCCCUGUUGAAGAAGUAGGGCUGCUGCUAUUCGACUGAACACCGAACAAAACCUCUCAAUCCAAUGGGACUCAACGAGCCCCACUGCCUCACGUCUCGAUUAUUAAUCGAAAUCGACAACGCCCAGAGAUACCGAUCAAGUUGAAAUGCGGCCCUCAAAACUUUGUACUAAUUUAAUGUAGGGAGCAGAAGUCCCACUGUCUUUGUCAUUCAACUGAAGCAAUGAAACUUCAGUUUCCUGUUUGUUUGUUUUUCUGUACACAAUCGUAACACAAAAUAAAAGUAUGAUGCAUCGUUA